CGGGAAAAUACCACAUGGUAUUCAGCAAAUGUAAACAUUAACUGAGAUUAUCAACUUAGAAUUGGAGUUUAACAAUGCCGGCAAACGAAUAUGAACAAGUCCGAUUAAAGAAUUUAGAAGAUAACAGAAGAAUUUUGGCUGAGAUUGGAUUGAUCAAUCCAUACAAAUCCUUGCCAAAAGUCAGCUUCAAGAAAAGUAUUCGUGGUAACAAGAGAAAAGCAGAAGACAGCACUUCUAGUCGACCAGCAAAAAAGCAUGUUGAAUUAGAUCCAGAUAAUUCUGGAUCUAUAAGGGGAAGUCGUAGACGUUCAGCUCGUGUAAAGGGAAAGGAAGUGCCAACAGAAACAGAACUUAAGGAAGAAGUAGACCAAUGGAUUGAUGAAAAUGAUGCACCGGCCAAAGUUGCACCUAAUAGACCAAAUUUCUAUGGAGCAGUUCCAGGUGUGGAAGUCGGAACAGUCUGGGCCACCAGAAUGGAAUGUUGUCGAGAUGGCAUUCACAGGCCUACAGUAGCAGGAAUCCAUGCUGGACAAGAUGGAUCAUAUUCUAUUGCCCUCUCUGGUGGAUAUGAAGACAAUAUUGACUUGGGAGAUUGUUUUACGUACACAGGAGAAGGAGGCAGAGAUUUGAAAGGGACAGCCAACAAACCAAAGAAUUUGAGAACAGCACCACAGUCUAAAGAUCAGACGCUGACCCGGGGGAAUCUUGCAUUAAGUCGUAACGUAGAAACUGGAAACCCUGUCAGAGUGAUUAGAGGAUAUAAACUACAGCAGUUCAGUCAAUUUGCUCCAGAGGAUGGAUACAGAUAUGAUGGCUUAUACACUGUAGAGAAAUUUUGGUCAACAACUGGUCAGUCUGGGUUUUUGGUGUGGAAGUUUGCUUUAAGAAGAUGCACCGAUCAACCACCACCACCAUGGACCUUUAUCGAGGGUGAUGGACAAAGUUUGACAGAGGAAAUAAAGAGCGACUCUGGUUUUGAUUCUGAUGAAACAGCUAGUCAGAUCAGUAGUUCACAGUCUUCUUCUCAGAGCGAUGAGAUUACAACACAAGAUGGAAAAGAUGAAAUUCAGAAGGAGAUGAAGGGUGAAAAACCAGAGGCACCUGAAAAAGAGGAGAAGACCGAACAGACAUCAGAUAAUUCUAAUGAGCUAAAGACAACUGAUAAAGAAACAAAUGGAAAAUGUGAUCAAAGUAGAACUGAUUCAAGUGUGGAGGCAUCUGAUGUUAAAGAAUUAUUACAAGAUGAAUCCAAGAAGAUAACUACAAUGAAAAGAAAUGAUGAAUUGAAGGAAAAAGUUGAAUUGAUGGAUACUGAAUCUAAUGUAGAGAUAACUGAUGCUGAAAAGGAGGAUGGAGCUAAUGUAGACACAAGGAAAACAGGAAAUACUAUGGAGGAAAGUAUCGAAACAAAGGAUUCCACAAAACUUCAAAAGGAAGAAUCCAAAAAUAAGGUUGCUGAGGAGUCUGUGGAAUGUAAAUCCAACCAGACAGAAGAAGUAAAUGAAAUAGAAGCAGCCUAAUGGUAUUUACACCAGAUUUAUCUUGGUAAAGGAUAAUAACGUAGUAACUGUGAAUGCUUGAGACUAUUGAUUGCCUUUUUUAAAUAUAUAGUUGUAGUAGCAGUAAUUAUGUGUAUAUAGAUUGCUUUGAUAUAUUCAAGUUAUAGUGAAAGAAGUUUUUAUUAUAGUUAAAGACGUUGAUUAAGAAUUAUUCUAGUAUAUGUGUCGAAGUGCUAUGUAUUAUUGUAGUAUGUACAGUGGAUAGACAUGAAAGUGGUUCUUGAUACCCCAUAAUUAGUAAAGACCAAAUAGCUUUAUAAAAAAAAAUUGGACCCUUUGGGAUGACUUGCAAAAUAUCUGCUUCCCUGAAACUUUUCAAGUGUUAUUAUCCAGGAUGAUGGCUCUUUGUAAAUUGUAAGAAUGCAUUUUAGAAACCAUGAUAAAUAUUCUGAUGGAAUGGUUUAUUAUCAAAACUGCUUUACAUUAAACUUGAAUGUGUAGUGUUUAUUUUGAUACUUGUGUAUCCAUAUUACAAAUUUUUAUGACUUUGAUGAAAAAUAUGAAUGAUAUAUUUAUAUUGUGAAAUAUGAUCUUGCAAUAAUUAAUUCCAUAUAUUUUUUUACUUUAUUUUACAAGAUGAAAAUGGCAUUUAAAAUAUUUUAGUGUAUUUUUGUACAUUCAUCAUCAUAGAUUUUACUAUUGAUACAUUCAUGUGUUUGAUUUUUGUAAGAUGCAAUAAAAUGUAGUUAGGGUCAGAUCUUACAAUUUGAACAUUAUCCAGAAUUAAUUUAUCAAGGAGGGGAUAGACAAUUAACCCCUAUAGGAGGUGUUCCCUAAACUUUUAGGUGAAGCAGUACUAAAUACUUUAUAGGCGGUCCUUUUUCAUUGUAUUCUGUUAAAAAUUUUUUCAAUAUUCCUUCAUAUGGUAGGUCCUUAUCAGUCGUUAAUAAGGGUAAAAAGAUCCGAUAUAGCCUCUUUCAGAGAAACCUGUUUGAGUUUUCUCCAAAGAUAAUCUUAGUAUACUUGUAAGGAAAGAUAUAGUACAACUGUUUCUCAUUUUGUCAUUUAUAUAUGCAGAAGAAUUGGUAAGGCAGCAUUAUUAAGUCUUCAUUACAUAUUUACAGUUUUAAGUUUUAUUUGACAAGUUUUAAUAGAAUGUUAUAAGUUUCAUAUAUUUCAACAUUUCGUUUUUCUCAUAGUUCAUUAUUUUCAUAUGAUGUUUUAUAUUGGUAAAUGUUAUAUUUUAUUAAUAAAGUUUAUUCCUACAA